AUGACGGAGGAAAACAGUUCUUUGCAGUAUGACAAAAAUAUUCAUUGUGGACUGCUCAAAAAGAAGAAGGAAGAUGCAGAGAAUGCUCUAGAGCUGUGCACCAAUGAAUCUCCUGAGGCCGAAAGGUGUGAAAGCAUAGAGCUUGAUGAUGAAAUAAGAAAUCUGAUAGAGAAGAACAGUAUUGCACAGUACCAUGAGAAUUCUGAGUUCAUUGCCCAAGAACGUGUGCUAAAACAGAUGACUUCGUGUUCCCUGAAGACCUGCAGUAAAACAGACAUCCGCCUCUUUCGACUGCCACAGACAGGCAUGAAUGGCCCGGAAACUUCAGCAGACCAGUUACAGUGUACAUUACUGACAAAAAGAAGAUACCAACAGGUACCCUUGACAACAGAUCAGAAUACUGGAAGACAGAGACAAGAGCUGCUGAAGGUGAACAAGCAAUGGGAUCAACAAUUCAGAAGUAUGAAACAACACUAUGAAAAAAAGCUCGCAGAAGUGAAAGCAAAACUGGGUGCAUCACAGAGGAGUAUCAGUGAGCUGGAGAAAGAAAGGCACCAGAAUCAGCAAGAAUGUGAGAGGCUGCAAGCCCUGGUCAGAGAUGGACCGCUUCAGGAAGCGAAAGAAAAAGAAAUUCUAAAUGAAGUAUUUAAUGAACUGAAGGAAGAGAACAAGGUCCUGAAGGAAGAGAACAAUGUCCUGAAGGAACAAAAAACUUCAGUAUCCAAAAAGAAAGAAUACUAUGAGUGUGAAAUAAGUCGCCUCAACAAGGCCCUUCUGGAUGCACUGCAAAAGCAACACCCGUCCAUUUUUGUGCCUCAUUUGGAUAAGUCUGAUAGGAACUGCAACCAUGAAGAGAUGAGGACCCAACUGGAAGUUCUCAGACAGCAGGUACAGAUAUAUGAAGAAGACUUUAAAAAAGAGCGAUCUGACCGAGAAAGACUUAAUGAAGAGAAAGAAGCACUGCAAAAACUUAAUGAAAGAUCACAGUCCCAACUGAACAAGCUAAAUUCUCAGAUAAAAGCAUGUUGGCAAGAAAAAGAACUUCUAGAGAAGCAAUUAAAGCAACAGACAAAAGACCUCCCUGUGUCAUCUGAAAAGUGCUGCUUCCUGCCUCAGAUGUUUCUUCCACCUUGUGUUAACUAUGGAAACUGUGGAUUAGUUGUCCGCUACCAAGACCCUCGAGUACAAAUGUCAUCACGGGGCAUGUAUGAUCAGCAGCAGCACCCUCCGGAUUAUCAAUGGUAUGUUCCGGACCAGUUUCCGCCAGAUGUGCAGCACAAGGCAAAUGAUACUUCCUCAGAGAAAGAAGUCCAUCACUGAAAGCAUAUGAACUAGAGAAGUGCAGAUGAAUUACACAUGCUUCCAUACUGUGAAAGACUGGGAGCUAGCCUGAUGUUUCCUCGUAACUUUUUUGUUCUUUGUUUUUUGCGUAUAGCUCCUUAUGUCUCCAGUGCAUGUUACUUGUACCUGGUGAAAUCCCAGUGGGGGUGGUGAUGAUGAUGGAGACACAGAUAAAUCCUUCACAGAUGUGAUCUUCAAGAACUGAUUAAAUUAUCUGGGGAAACACCACUCCUUUCCCUUCCUUUUGUGGAAGAUGCUGCCCAUACUAGCUACAUGGAUCUAUAGAAACAUUUUAUGAUACAACAUUUAACUACUGCUGGAUAUUAAGAGGAUGUUGCAUCUGAUUUGAAUAUAAAAUGUUUAAGCACAUUAAUAUUGUGAUCUUGUGUAAGAAUCACAAUCCAUUUUAUUUAAUUUCUGAAAAUUAUUUGUUGUGCCAUUUUGAAUUCUGCACUCAUUUCUCUUCAUAUAUAUUUAUGGAAUGAUAGCUCUUCAGAGAAGCAGCUGUCUACUACUCUAUGUUUGUACUGUGCCUAGUAUAAAUGAGCCCCGUUUUUAGUUGGUCCUUAUGCACUUCUGUAAUAAACAUGAUUAUUAUUAAUAAUAGGUUGACUGAUGAAAAUGACAAUCCUACUUUUUAACAACAUUUGCAUAAUAACUGUAAUUAUGUCUCACGUUGUUCAAUUUUCCAUGGUAGACAGUGAACCUGCUCCCAUUUAAGUCAUGGCCAAUUCUUCCAAUUAUUUCUAUAGCAGAAAGCUUGGGCCUAAGGCCUGCAAAGGAUAUGAUCAUAAUUCUGUGUUUGUAUAUAUAUUUGUAUAAAUGGAAUAUUAAUGGAAAUAUUCCACUGAUUUAUACUGAGAGUGGAAACAAGUUUCUAUUUAUAGAGGAUUUUAGUAAUUAAUAAUGCUAAACAUAAUUGUCCAACCUUUAAUUUUAGAUAGAUUUUAGAUACAUUUUAGAUAGAAUAGUUCUGUUUAAACCAUGAAACUUUGUAGGAAAUCAGCAUGACAGAUGUUUGGCCAACACUGCACGAUGUUAUCUGCUCACAGUAUUACUGCUCUUUCCCUUCAUAUAUUUAGUAGGACAAUUCUUGUAGGGAUUCUGCCACAGCCUGUUAGGGCUCUGCCUUACAUAGAGGUAAGUCUUGUGCCUUAAGCAGUAGGUCACAUGAAAAGUCUAAUGGAUGUUCUUGCUGAAUUAGUAGAAAUUUCUUAGUGUGAGUCUAAUUUCACACCACACCUUCCUAAAUUGUACCAAGGCAGAGUUUUCAAGUGGACCUACCAGCCCUCACGGCCAUAUGUAGGAUAAUUUCCACAUUAAUAACAAUCCAUUUUUAUUCCCAUUAAUGUACAAAGACUUUUGCAUUAAAAUAAUAAGCUUCAUGGAUUAAAUGUUUUCAGCAUUUGAAUUCAGACCCAAUGGAAAACAAUCCCUGGGAAAGGAUUUCUCUGCAAUUAAAUUAAUUCCUCCAACCGCUUUGUUUUUUUGAUUCAAGGAGACAAAUCCCACCCUAUUUGGUCAUGCAGACCAAGAGGAACAUGACCAAAAUCCUAAAUUAACCAUUCUCUGUAGAAUAACUAUUUUUUCAUGAUUUUUUUAGAAACCUGUGACAUAAAAGCUCAAGUAUCCAUUGAAGCUGCUAUCUCUGCAUGGGUAUGAAGCUGGCUUACAGAUACUGUAGCAGCAGAUAAUUUAACUAGCAGACAACUGAUUAAUGAUUUGGCUAAUAAGGGUGAGAUCAUGGAAAAUGCUAAUGCAGUGCCUUAGGAAAAUCCAAUUAUAAUGUACUCUAAUUCAAUUCAGACUCUCAGCAGGUGACCAAUGUUGUGGGAAGAAUAUCUGUGAAUGUUCAAAACAGACAAGCUUCUGUAUAUCUGGUGUUACAGCCAACAAACCUCCAUUUGAUUCACUUCAGCCCUUCUGCUCAACUAACUAUGAAGGUUGUACCUUCUAUUUGUGAAGCUUAACUCUUUAUAUAGUUUGAGGAACCAUUAUCUGGCCUAAGCAGAGAUGACUCAACAUGAGUCAUUCAUGCUAAGAAAACAAGAGUUUGCAGUGCUAACUUUUUUUUUUCUUGAUAUGAACACAAGGUUUUUAAUGGUUAGUUGGCUAGGACCUGAUGCUGUAAAUAUUUACUUGCACAAAUCUCAGUGAAGCUAAUUGUGAGACUUUGCUUCUAAUAUGGUGGGAGCAGAAGGAAGAUGUCUGUUUACCUUUUGUGUGAUGCUACGUUCCCCAAAUCCAGGCACUGUCUUCUCUCUGAAUUAGUGUUGUCACAUUAGAACAGCACACACCAAAGAACUGUUUUUUCUGUUUGGUAGGGGGAGGGGAAAUCAAUUAGAUUAAACCUAUGGUGAUUCAUUUCUACAGAAUUGUUGUCUUCAGUUCCAGUGCUUUGUCCAAUCUGAAUAAUGGAGCUUCUCUCACUUUCUUUGGAAGAUUAUUCCACCGUUUAUCUGAUCUCCUGUUACUCUCCUAUCUUCAGUCACUAUUUUUAUUUCCCAAAUAUCAUCCCAUUUCUCCUUUUUAACUUUCCAUUUAGCUUUCUCCAACUUAUUUGUGUUGCAGCAGUGGAUAAGGGAGACCAAAUAUACAAUCAAGGAUGUGACAUACUUUUGUGGCAGGCUAGCUUUUUCAUAAAGGUGUCUGUUGGAAGCUGUUUAAAGUUUGUGAGUCUUAAAUUCUAGAGAAGGGAGAUUAGUGGGCCGCAUAAAUCAGGCACUCAAUGUUGACAUAUGAUGAUGAUAAAGAAUUGCUGAAAGAGUCAUUUUUUAAAAUACUGAAUACAGAACUUUAUUAGAAUAAGGAAAAGAGUAUUUAUUAACCCUACAACUACUGCUUCUCUCUGCUUUACUGUAGAGCUGCUGCCUUAAAACCUUUCUCAGCCCCAUCACACUUCCCUUUCUGCUACAGAUUUAACGAAAUAGUACACGAACUCCCAAAAUGCAGAUACUAAAUACAGCAUACCACACAGCUCUGCAGUUUAUCACAUGGGGAGAGAGGAAUAAAUAUGUAUUCUAUAUAAUAUUCUAUACUUAGAUACCUUGAGAUGUGGUGUAAAAGUUUCCCGGGCAUAAAUUUGUGAUGGCUGUAUUAUUCACUGAAUAGUUUCCUGCCAUCAUUUCAGGCCAUACUGUACUUUAGGGAUGAAGAAAAUAUUUUUGUCCAGAUUAAUGAAAAGGAAAAGGUGGGAGCUCUUUGAAGUUGCUCAGAAGUUCUGAAUACUAGAACAAGUGUUUGAGGAUAUGGAUUAAUGAAAAGAACAUGGGCAGGGCAGUGAAAGGUAUCUGGUACAAUUUGUCUCAUAGGUCUGCACAUAGUAACACAGAUAUGGCAACCUAUGUGUGCAAUUCUGUAAAUAAAAAAGGAAAAACCUGAACCACUUUACUCUCUGCCUUGAAUUCAUUCGUUGGUUUUCUUGCUUGCCACAUCAGUUCACAUAAACUGAACCCCAACUACAUUUCUGAUCUUGACUCAAACUUUUCCUUCUACUGUCUAACCUUCUGCCACUCCUCUCUCAUUGUUCCCUUUGUCUCCUUCUAGUCUUUUGUAUUGCAUCUUUUGUCAUGCAGUCUUAUUUGCUUGAACUGUCUUCAACAUUUUACCUGCCAAGCACCCUUUUCCUUCCUCCUCCAAAUCUCCCCUUAAACCUCACUUCCAGGAGUCCUUCCAAAUUUGACUUCUUCAUCAUUAAGUUUUUAUGCCCUCCUGCACCUGCACUGCUAUUUCAUGUUCUGUCUUACCUAUUUUAGUCCAUGUCUAUGCAGGGGUUUGAGCUCCUUGGGGGAUUGGGGCCUUAGACUGUAAUCUCUUUGGAGAAGAGAAUUGGGUGGUAUUCUCCAUUGUGUAAAGUGUUAUGUUGCUAGGUAAACGGUCAUUAAUUAUAGCAAGAAUGCUUUCAAGCAGCUCAGCAACAAAGACCUUAUUGUCUGUGAAAACAGUUAUUUAUUAUACCCAAUUAAUUAAAAAAGAGUAAACAUGAAUUAUAUAGGUGUACUGCAAAAGACUAUUCUAUUUGAUGGCCCAUGUUGUACACCAGCCAUGAGUCUGGGGUGCUGCUUGACGAUAAAAUCCUUUGAGGUUCUAGGAGCAUGAAAGGCCAUGUAAAAACCUUAGUCCAGUCUAAGCAUUAGCAAGAGUUUGGCAUCACAUGAAUAGGAUUUAUGAUAAGGUAAAGCUCCACCUUCCUUGCUUCUGUUUGUCUGUCUUACCUUACCUUGAUAAACUGCAAGUUACAUGAUCAACCCUACCCCUCUCACCAUCCUCGCACUGCGUUUACAAUAUACACCUCUACCUCGAUAUAAUGCUGUCCUUGGGAGCCAAAAAAUCUUACCGCAUUAUAGGUGAAUCCAUGUUAUAUUGAACAUGCUUUGAUCUGCAAGAGUGUUCAGCCCCGCCCCCACAGAGCACUGCUUUAUCGCGUUAUAUCCAAAUUCGUGCUAUAUCGGGUGGCAUUAUAUCGAGGUGACAGUGUACCUUUGCUUUGGUUGAAAUAAUCCCCCAAAUUCAAAAAUACCUGUGAGAUUUAUUUAAACCAGAUCUUAGUAUUUUAACUUUACAGAAGAGAUUUUUUUCUUCCUUUGCUAUAAAUCCUAGACAGUGUCUCUGAUUUUGCAGAUGCAAGUUGAAAGGUAUAUAAGACACCAUGGCAAAAUAAUGUAU